AUGCGUCUCACCACACGCUUCAGCCGCUCCUUCAGCAGAGCAGAGAUCACCUCAGUUGGUAUCUCGCCUUCUACUUCUGCAGCAUUCGCCAUCUACACCGCAGCGCAGACUGCCCAAUCCUGGAUCGACGUCUUUGAUCUCAAGAACGGCAACGGUUACUCCAAGACGAGUGGAUCUAGAGCUGUCUUUUCGCCAAAGGGCUCUCGCUUGGCGACUGUUCGAGACUGGACUGUUCAACUCACAGGCGGCGUUGACUUUCACCACUCAACCACUGUUCUCCUGCGGGACUAUGUGAGUGGCAAGACUGCCUGCGAACUCAAGGAGGCAAAGGGUGAGCCUAUUGCCUGGAGCCGCGAUGGAAGACUUGUCGCGGUCGGAGAAGCAAAGGAUCGUGUUGGAGUCUACGACGUCAAGAAUGGAACUCGGGUGGGAAUGGUUCUGAGCCACAUCGAUGCAAUCACCCACGCUGCUUUCCUCCCUGACUCUAGCCUCGUCACCAUCUCGCGCGACGGGACUCUGAGAAUCACCAACACGACGACUUACAAGACGAUUCGCCGUCUCGAAAUGGACGGUUCCAACAACCCCCGAGCUCUAGCCGUCAGUCCUGAUGGCCGACGCAUCGUUUCAGUCUGGGGAACAAAUGUCCACAUCUGGGUACCUUCAGCAAACGAUGUGACAUCCUACAACCUCAACGCAGUCCGAAGCUACGAGGGAUGGCCGCUGGCUAUCUCGCCCGACUGCCGAUACAUGCUUUGCAGAACCGAGGAUGGCUUCGACAUUAUGGAUGUCGCAACAGGCUCGGUCGUGUACGAGGAGACUACGGAUGUAAUGGUAAUGUCUGGGGCUUUUGCAGAGGAUGGGAGGGCUUUGGUCCUUGGGAGAAUGGAUGGGGUUGUAGAGGUUCGAGAUGUUUUGGAUGCGAGGUCUUGA